AAUUUAAAUCACGGCAAGCACGUCAAACUGGCCGGGCGGGGUUAAGAAUGUGUUUGUGCGCGAAGAGAGAGAGAUUAAAAAAAACGAGACGUACGACUUAUAGGAAAUGUGAUCAGAAGAAUAUCGUAACACCUAUAAAUUACAGCGUGUUUCAUUCACACUUUAGUAUCGAACAGCGCGUGUUUUCGCCAAAAACCCUUAAACAAAUUUAUCGACAAUUACAUUUUGUUCUACUAAAUAUAUUACUAUUAUAAUUGUACACUUAAUUCGUACUCACGUUUACAAUCACCCGAAUACCGAUAGUACCGCCGAAAAAUUUCAUCAUAGAACACGAAACGUGAUUGAAAGGUAACAUAAUAUCGUUAUUAUUACUAUUUUCGAAUGUCAAAGAUAGUGGCUGUUUGGGUUUUAAACAACUAUAAUAAUAAAAAUCGAUUGGUUAUUUCAAAGUAUGGCGUUUUAGACUCGUCGCACUACUUUAUUGGUUAAUAAAUAUUCAUAGUAACAUGUGUGACUUAUUCAUUUUAGCUGCAGUUCAUUUACUGUAUAGUCGGAGACCAUCAAUGUAAUUUAUCAUUUUUUUUCUUGACAAAUCACCUACAGGCAUAUUCAUAUAAUUCAUAAUAGUUUCACCGGUUCAGUUUAGAUUACAAUAAUGUUAUAUCAAUGUAAUUUUUUUAUUUUUCCGAAAAAACAUUUUUUUUUUUUGGCGGUUGAUGAUGUCCUAAAUUAAAAAAGAAAAAAACGUUGAAGGAGUGCAAUAAACAAUUUGCAGAAGGUUUGUGACUUCAAAAUUAAGUUUUUACCUAAUAUUUUGUCCUUCAAUAUUUAAUAAAUUUGACGAUAAUCAUGUAAUAACAAAAAAAAAAAAAUAAUAAUAAUAAUAAUAAUAAUUAAGAAAUUAUUAGGUUUGCAGACUUCAGAAUUAAAUUAUCGUUGCAUUUUACCAGUCUAAAUUUUGAAAUUGGAAGAGUUUCAACAUCCCCCUAUUUUCGGCCCUGAAUAGACAUGAUGAUUUGAAAUUUUUAAAAUAAUAACUAUAUAAAGCGGAUCACGUAUUUUAAUUUAAUUUAGGCAUAUUUCGUGAAAAUUGGUUUUGUUCGUGGCGUGCGUCAAUAUAUUUCAUUAUUAUUCACAAAACGGACGGUUGACGAUGCACAGGGUGAAAACGAUGUGACGGGUCCCGGAGGCAACUGAGAGAUAGUCGACGAGUUUUUCGUUUAACGGUUUCUAGAUCGCGUUCUGCUCGUGACGUUGGACCGCAAAUUCACAGUAUAAUAUUAUUAUAACAAUAUAUUACAUUGUGUGUGGUUACAUGAAAAAAGUAAAAUGUCGAAUCGACGACGGACACGAUGUGACGGCGUUAUGAUAAUAAUAAUAUACGCGCCCGUGUCACUCUGUAUACGCAUAUUGUUCGCGUUAUAGAUCGACUACGGUAUACACGUCAUAAUGGUUUUACCCGUAUUUCCGUCUGGCCGUGAUUUUGUAUAAUAAGAACCUCGGGAACUGCCAACCGCGGUGGAUGUUGACCCGACUGUCGACGACAGACUUGAUCGGUCGAUGACCCAAUAGGUUUUUUACGACGUGACAGACCCCGGUGGGGAUGGAACGGGGCCGAAUGUAUUUUGGAGGGGUUGGAGAUAAGGCGCGUCCGGAGGCCCGGCGUCCGUUUCCGGCCGGUGGAUGUAAUUAUAUGGUAACGAUGUGCGCUUAUAUAUUGGGGUGAGAAAAAAAGGGCAAAGUUUGCGCGAUAAAAACGCAGUGCCUACCGGUAACCCCGGUUAACGAGGUCGAUUAAUCGUCCAUCGGAAAGUUUUAACUAACGGCCGGCGGCGUAGUGUACCUAUUAUAGGCGUCCGGACGCCGAUAAUAGGUACACGGACGCGUCCGGACUUCCGCAGUUACCAUGUGUAAAGACCCCGACUUAGCGUUGAUUAACGUAGUUUACUCGUAUAGUAAUGUCCGGAUACAUACUAAAAAUACUAUCUAUAGUAUCUGUACCGCACGUUUGAUUGUUUAUUUAAUCUUAUCUAUACCCAGGGGAGUUCGAAGAUCUUUCAUGAAUAAUAAAAAAAAAAAUUUUAAUUUAAAACUAGUUUACGAUGAAUUGUUUUAUUAAAAAAAUUAGAGGCGGGUAGAAUCCAUACCUGUUCUGUAUACAUGCCUUGUCAAACUAUACAGCAUUUAUAUUGUAUUUGUGACUUACGUAUUUAUGCCGAUCAUACACAUAGAUUUGUUCACAAUGUACCUAACACUGUUAUAUUCGUAUAUUUGUACGUAAUGAUAAAUCAUUGCUAAAAAAAUAAAAGAAUUCUGAGUUGAGUAAUAUAAGUCGUGUUUUUGACCUUGUUAAAUUAACCCAGAAAUCAACAAAAAUUAUAUAAACAAUUUCUAGUUGUUCUUAUUUAUUGAGAAAACUACAAGAAUAAUCGAAAAGUGUCUAAUUCAAUGUACCAAUUAGAUGAAAAAUGCUACAAGAAAGUUCCUGCACAAUUUUUGAUUAGGACGAGAUUUCUGGUAGAAAAGUUUAUAGAUACAUAAAAAGAAAAUUAAAUAAAUAAAAAAACACAUUAUUGUAGUAAAACCAAUCGUUGCUUUAUUCAGAACCUAAAACCAUACAUGUAAAUGUCACAUAUUAUAUUUACAAUAAUUAAUGGUGCAAAUCAUUUUAACUGUGCACCCGGUGACUAGCAUAUUAGACGAGUAUAAUUUUAUUGAGUUUAUGAAGACAAACUGUUCGGCUCAAUCAAAUUCGUUUUUUUUUUUGUACGCUGUACGUAUUGUACAGUAAAAGUAAUAAAUCGGACUAUGUCCGUCGGUCCGGAUUUAUAACCCGAUGGUGUUAACAUCGUAAACAUAUUUUGUCUUAUUCCUACGAAAUCUAUUAAUUAGUGGUCACGGUGCAAAAGGAAUAAUUUAACCGUGAAAGGUCCGGGAAAGGAUAUUGUUAGUGGUGGGUAUAUGUUUAUAACGGUCGUAAAUUAAAAUUCGUUUUUUUUUUUUUUAAUGGUUAAUUUGAUUAUGAAUGCUUGAUAACAAGACCGAUAACAAAACCUUAAUUUUUAAAUGAUAACGAUUUUUCGUAAAAAAAAAAAAAUAAAUCUUCGCGUGUUAUGUGUUACGUCUUGUAUUACAAUUCAUGCUCAUCAAAAUGUAUUUUACGAUAAUAUUUAUAUAAAUACAUAAUAGGUAUUUAUAAUUGCCAUGUAGGAUAUACGGUAGAUACGUCGUAUACUCGAGUAUCAUCAAUUUGUCAUAAGCUCUACGCCAUGGAUAAAAAUAGCGUAUUGAGUAUACGCCGUAUACCCCCGUAUACCCCUCCCCCCGAAACACCACUGGUUAUUACAACAAUUAUAUCUACACCGACGUCACACCAACAACGCUAAACGAGUUGAAUCCAUUAAAUCUUAACUCUCAGUGGAAUUAUAAUUUAUAAUUAAAUAUACGUUGUGCCAUCACGCGGUAUUCCGUAUUUUAGACCUUCGUUUUUAAAUUCGUUAUAAGCCUUGAUUUUAAUUAUUUAGCAUCAUUGCGAUCCGGAUAUACCUAUUAUUUGACUUUUUUCGGGUAAAAAAGUAACGUCCUUAACAUGACUUUGAAUCUACUCUGAACCUACUUGAACUUGGCUGUAGCCCGUGAAAAGUAUAUACAAUUGUUAAAAGUUGGUCUGUUUUAGGAUUCGAUAAUGACUACAAUAUAAAACUGCAGUGUGUCAAAAUUUUAAUAAUAGUCUUUGAUCAUUAAUAUGCCGUUGUUACGAAGAUCCUUGAACACAUUUUUUUUUUACACGAAUACUAUACAUAGACGAUUUGUAGUCUCAAAAAGAGUAGACGCGUUUUUCAUAAAUAUAAUUAGGUACGACCGUCAUUAGUUUUGUUCGGCGCCCAAUAGCUUGUAUUAUAUAUGUAUAUUUUUUUUUUAAGGAAACUCCAUUUAUAAUAAUAUGACAAUAUUGAAAAUCAUUGAAUAGCUAUUUUUAAGGAUAUCAUAUUGGUUAAAAUGUUUGUGAUGAAUUUGGGACUACGACACUAGGAGAUCGAAUGGGUUUUAUACGAACAGAAUAAUUUAUCACUAUUAUUGAUAUUAAUAUUAUUUGUAUACUCGUAUUAUUAUACAAAUUAGGUACAUAGUUUAUGUUCAUGUUGUAGGACACAUUUAAUUUUUUCGUCGGAGAGAACCGAGAACGAAGAGCAAAAUGGAUUCCGAAUCUUUUAGAGAAUGCGGGAAAACGGUAGUCGACUACAUUGCCAGCUAUGUGGACAACAUCCGAGACAGGUUGGAAGAUUUAGAAGCGAUCACGCUGUUUACAUUUUCGCGUCGUCGAACAAAUUAAAUUUGAAAAAAUAAACCAAACGACACAAUAAUAUUGUUUCAGACCAGUUCUAUCCACCAUGAAACCGGGUUAUCUGUACGAAUUGGUGCCACCCGAAGCGCCCGUGAAAGGAGAAGACUGGAAGACGGUGCUGGCCGACGUGGAAAAGAUCAUCAUGCCGGGUAUUACCCAUUGGAAUUCGCCACAGUUCCAUGCCUAUUUCCCCACCGGAAACUCGUUCCCGUCAAUCGUCGGUGACAUGUUGUCCAACGGGAUCGGAUGCAUCGGGUUUUCGUGGGUAUGUUUGUAUAUAAUGUUGUACAUACCUAUGGAGUGUAAGGUACAGGAGGCAGGAUCACAAUAAAACAUUUAAUAUGAAUACAAUUUUGUCUAGGUUUAUAAUUGUAACAAUAUAACUUAUAGGUUAUAAACUACAAUACGUAAUUCAGUUAAUGAGCUAAUUAUUUUAUGACUCUAUUUAAACUUAUAGGGAGUCAAUUAGGGUGGUGGUAAGGGUAAGAUGUGUACUCAAACAUCUUUUUAAAUUAUAACCAUAAUCGUUGAACUAGUUGUUAAUAGAUACGUCCACAGUGGCACUCAGGCUUAAAUGUUUAAUUUUUUUUUUUCAUUGAGAUUCUGUGCAAUCGAAUUACAUUCAAAUUUUUUAUUUAUAAAAAGUAACACUACAUUGAUAAAUUUAUCACGAAUUAACCAUUGUAAGUGAAUUUGAUCUGUUUUUUUUUUUUUUACUAUAAUGGAUUUGUUUAGACUUUAUUAGAAUAUUAUUUUAAAUUUUUAACCUUACUUAUUAUACCUGAAACAAGUGCACACUCCAAUCAAUCGUUUUAUCAAUUUAUCAUCUAAAAAUUAAUAUAAGGUUUAUUAACAUUAUCCUUUUCUCCUGUCUAAAUUUUAAACUGUUAUAACUUAUAAACGAUAAAUCCGAUAUUUGUGUUAUGCUGAUCAAAAUUUUUAGAAAAAUAUUAUGUGUUCAAGUCUAUACUUCGAAAUUGAAAGUAUGUACACAAUUAUUGUACAUGGGGUAGGUAAUAGAUAGGUAAAAAUUGAAAAGUGAUAAAAUAAAGCUUAAGCGAUUUCAUCAGUCAUUAUGGAAUGACUGAAAGAAAAUUAAUUUUAAAAUUUAAAUCCUCCGAGAAUUUUGUUGGUCCGUGAUAAAUGGAUCAUUCUGUCAUAUUUGUAGUGUUAUAUUUUAUUACAUUAUGUUAAUUAUGUUUUUAUAAUGUUAAUUAUUUAAUUUUAAUAUUAGAACAAAAAGGAUCAAUUAAGGGAAUCAUUUAAGAGUUGUGAAAAUAGGGAUUAAAUAUUUGUAUUUAAUGGAAAUUAUUUGAAUUGGAAAUGUAUUUAAUUGAUCUCAAGGUUUUUUACAAUCUGGUAAAAUAAUUUUUAAAAUUUGAAUAUACCGUUAAUACGAGUUAAUACCUGUUAAUAUUAUAUAAUUUAUUACGUAAUGUGUAUUACAAUAUAAUUAUAUUUCAGUUUAGUAGUUUUUAAAACUCAUAAUAUUAUUCUAUUCAUCUAUUCAAAAAUAUCGAAUUUCAUGAUAAACCAAUUGAAAAAAAAGCAUCUGUACUAAUUUACAUAAGUAACGAAUAUAUUACUGUUAUCUGUCAAUUUUUUUUUUAUGAAUUUACAUUCGAAUGUAACAUUUAAUUUUUUUAAUAAAAAUACAUAUUUUUUCAUAUACUAAUUAUCUACCUACUAUAAUGAGUCUUUAUCAAGAGAAAACAAAAAAAUGUAAAAAUUAGUAUGAUGCAUGUGUUUGACAAAAUUAGCCGCUAAAAAACGUUGCCUGGUAUACAUCACGUAGACGGUUUUUCAUACACUCCCAAAUAAUUGUACCUAAAUACCUAUAGUGUGUCGGUCACGAGAAAAGAAACCAGUUUUAAUUGUUUUUAAUCUCAAGGUUUAAUAUUAUCAAAUAUGCAUUUUUUUUAUAUGUAUAUAUAAAAUGUAUUAUUUUCCUUAUUUUAGAUAACAAGUCCAGCAUGUACCGAACUAGAAGUGCAAGUAAUGAAUUGGUUUGGGAAAAUUUUGGAUUUGCCAAAAGAGUUCUUAAAUGAGUCUGAAGGGCCAGGUGGUGGCAUAUUACAGGUAGAUGUUUCAUAUUUAUUAAAACCGAGUACCUAGAUAUUGUAUUGUUUUAUUUAAAUUACUAUACAUAAUAUUAAAUAUUGUUAAAUACUUUCUUGUGUAUCUAUUUGAAUUUAAUCAAUGCGAAAUGGCAUUUGAUACAAUAAAUACCUUUAUGAUUUGAAAGUACAAUCUGUACAGGUCAUUAUGUUGGGAACUAAAAGCGAAGGACAAUCAAACACGAUAACUGAUUUAUUCAAAAUUAUAUUUGAUUAAUUUAAUCGUAAAUUGUAAUUAAAUAUUUUUUUAAUGUAUUAUUUGGAUAAUAUUUUAUUUUUACAAUAACCGUAUUGAGCUUAAAUGUUGUCCGGGGGAAGGAUCAUGUUUGACGUAUCUCGACUUCGAUGCAAUACAUCACUGAUCUACUCACGUCACUUGGCCUUUAAGCUUUACCGUAGGCCAGCCAAGAAAUUGGUUUUACUUUUAAAACCCAUAAGUAAGGUCAUUCUGACAUACUGCAGACGUUUGGAUUCGUUCAUGAAGUAUAUUAAAAUGUUGCCGAUUAUUAUAAUAUAUAAGGUGAGGAAAUAAAUAGACAAACUUGCAUAGUUAUAACGAAUUUCUAUAAUAUUUAGCAACGUUAUGAUCUAAAAUUCUCGGGCAAGAUUUAUUGCUACUUAUGCUUGAAUAUUAUUUUACUUUUUGAAUCUUAUUUUACGUACAGCCUAAUAAUAUUAUGUAUUCCAAUUUUUAGAAAAGUCAAUCUCGAUUAGAUAAACUCAAAAUAUCUACUUUCAAAAUUCGUAUCGCUUUAUUAGAUUAAUUGGUACGUGGAAAAUCAAACACGUCUAAAUUCUUAUUUAGAAUCAAAUUCUUAGUUCUUUAGUGGCCAAAAUCAAAAAUAUUGUUCUGUUUGGGGAUUCACAAGGUUUAUCAGAGACUUUAUACUAAUAUUCAGUUAUCUCUACCCUUUCGCCGUCCCUGAACAGAUUGAUCGACAUCAUUCAAUUUUUGUUCUUAUAAUGAUUUGAAAAUAGAAUUUUUUUUUAUUUCUGUGAUUUUUUGAAACGUGAAUAGAAUAAAACUUUUAUUAUUAUUUAAUUUGGUUAUCCCGGGCAAGUGUUGAACCUAACUAUACAAUUUAAUAUGUAUGUAUAUCUACUUGUUAAUUUUUUCACUAAUAAUCUAAAUAUUGUACAGGUACGUAUUCCAGAUGAACUAUGUCCAUGUAUCUAUGUACCCUUUAUUUAUGCCGGAGUGGUAAAAUAUAUUGACAAAUUAUAAUCCUAUCAGACUUAUUCGAAUAAGCACAAAAAAUAGCUGACAGAUGAGUACCUGCUUACAGUUUGCAUUACGACUCGAUAUACAUAAUAUUAAUAUACUGCAACAGAGAAACUCUUAUUUAACAAUAAUAUUUUUAUAAUGUAAAAAGCAUACGACAUGUUAAAUUAUGAUCACCAAAUGUUUAGCGUUAAAAUCGAAAUCACCAUUUGUGUACCGAAACUCGAGUUGACAGAACAAGGGAUAAUAAUAAUAGUGAUGUGUAGACAUUGACAUUGGUGCGUGUUGUUUUAAUAAUACGAUUCGCCUUGUUUUCUUAGGGAAGUGCUAGCGAAGCCACGCUCGUGUGUUUGUUGGCUGCAAAAGACCGUACGGUUAAACGGAUAAAAAUGCUCAACCCAAACAUGGACGAAGGAAUGAUAAAAUCAAAGCUCGUGGCCUACACAUCGAGUAUGUCGUUUAUUAUAUUGCACAUGUAUAUCCCCGAAGCUCAAUGUUAAAGGAGUGUACUAAAACGGUGUUUAUUUUAAAUUCUGGUCGCUAGAUCAAUCGAACUCGAGCGUUGAAAAAGCUGGUCUAUUAGGUUCUAUGCCCAUGCGACUGCUCAACGUGGAUAAUAAUGGCCAAAUGACAGGUUCAAUAUUGGCCAAAGCAAUAGCCGAAGACGUUGCCAAAGGAUUGAUUCCUUGUUACGUGGUAGCUACUUUGGGAACUACAGGUACUUGUGCGUUUGACCGUUUGGAAGAAUUGGGUCCGAUUUGUAACGAGAACAAUAUUUGGUUGCACAUCGAUGCAGCUUACGCAGGUACUGAUGCAUACUUUUAUUAACAUAAAGGUAUAGAUACGAACAAACAAUAUAAAAUAAAUCGGUCCUAAAAAGAACUUAAGCAAAUUAUAUGUAGUUUUCACUACAAAUAAAUUCAAUUUUGAUUAACAAUUAAUAAAUUAAACUUUUCUUUCCCAGACCAAAAAUAAUAAUCGGUUGCUGAUGGUAUUCUUUUAGGUGCUGCCUUUGUCCUGCCAGAAUACAGGCACCAUAUGGCUGGGGUAAAGUACGCAGACUCGUUCGACGUGAACUUGCACAAAUGGCUUUUGGUGAACUUUGACUGUUCCGCGAUGUGGGUAAAGAACGCCACUCAUCUGGUGGAUGCGUUUAACGUGGACCGGAUAUACUUGAAACACAGCUACCAGAGUGAGGAUCCUCAACUACCGGAUUACAGGGUAACUCAAUAAAUAACGAACAUUGGCUCGGUGAAAUUUNAAAUAACAUUGACGAAUAGUAUUUCAUUUAAUGCCGUUACAUUAGAAAAUAGUUUGACUUUUCAAAUUAUCCAGUUAAUACAUAAGUGUCAUAAGUUAAGUAAUAAUUGUUAAACUAGUCAAAAGUUUUGUAUUGUUUUACGAACCCUAAUUUCUAACUUACUUUCUAACUCGUUUGUGUCCCACUAUUGUUGUACUUGAAUGCAUAUGUAUCGUUAUGUACUCGUAUACGUUUUUACGCAGUAAGUUUUUCCAUUUUCACACAAAUUGUAAUGUUAUUUAUCUGGCAUUCGGUUAUCAACAAAAGAUAAUGGCCGAGAUAACACGGUUUACAUUAUUGCAGAAUACCGACUAUCUGGGUGGAACAGUUAUCAUAUAUUAGUACGGCGAUGGGAUUUUUAUUAUUUUAGAUUCUGAGUGGAAUGAAGAAGCUUUUGGUUUUACAAAGAUGUUUAUUGUAAUUUUUUUUUUUUUUGUGGACAACUUUUUUACCAAAGAACUUGUUCCGAUUUUUACGUGUAGCAACUCUUCUGAAAAGAACUUAAGGUACUUUAGAGAGGUCGUAUUGCAGUUUUCCUCGGAGUUUUCUUAGCAAAUGUGAAAACUGGGAAAACCGGGAAAAUUGGUACAACAUUAAACACAUAUUAUUAAAGAAAAUAUAUAGAGCCUAUUUAUUUAUUUUACUGUAAUAUGGCAUACAUUUUGUUGACAAAGCAUCAUCAUCAGCUGAACUCCACUCAGAAUCGAUUUUUCGUAAGCAAUAGUUUAUAUCGUUGCAUACAACGUGGGUGACUAUAAGGUAUACAUUAAAUUACCUAUAACAGUGGCUGCAUCCGUUCCUAUUAUCCUAGGACGUUUUUUUUUUAUAAUCAUACCGUGUUCGUUUAUUACAGCACUGGCAGAUACCUUUGGGUCGAAGGUUUAGGGCAUUGAAAAUGUGGUUUGUGUUGAGAUUAUAUGGCGUGGAGGGCUUACAAGCGCAUAUUAAAAAACAAGUGUACCUGGCAGAGUUGUUCGGAAAAUUCGUCGAACAGGAUGCGAGAUUCGAGAUCGUCAUGCCGGUGACAAUGGGAUUGGUCUGUUUCCGUCUAAAGGUCAGUUUAAAGUAUUAAUCUAUUAUUAAAAUAAAAUAAGCACCAUGUUAAUCGAGCUCUCUUAUUUUUUUGUUUGACAUUGGAAUAAAAUAAAUAUGCAUAUUAUUUACAUAGACGAAAAAGUUUAGAUGUUUUGAAAAGUUUUGUUUAGAUGCAUUGUUAUUCGCAGAGAUUAGAAAAUGAUUAUUAAAUAUGUAAGUACCUAACUAAUCUUACCUUCCAAAUUUCAUAAAUUUGUUAUGAAAUAACACCAAAAUUUACUUAAGCCCUUUCCAUUCUUAGGACUUAAGAAAUUAUUGCAACAUUUUUCUCAUUUUAUCAAAUCUUAUUAUAGCCGCCUUACCCCUAGCAUAAAUUUAAACAACAGAAAGUAAGAUCUGGUGAUAAAUAUCAAACAGAAAAAUCAGUAAAACUGACCGAUGGAAAUCAAUAAAAUUCUUCAGUAAAAUAUCAACAAAUUGUUGAGUUUUGAAAUGUGUAUUAUCAUUUGAUUGAAAAUCGCUAAAUUUUGGAAACGCCCUAACCUUUAUAAUUCAUUUACUAUCCGUUGUUUACGGUUUUACUUCAGUUUUCUAAAGUUUGGACAAAACAAUAACAAUAUAAGUUAUCUGAUAAUCGUUGUUUUCGGAUAUUUUGUAGGGUGACGACGUCUGGACGAAAAAACUCUACGAACGGCUAAUGAGCAGCGGUCAGAUAUAUCUGGUCACCGCCACUGUCCGGUCCCAGCUGGUCAUACGUUUUGUUGUGUGCAGCCGGUUGACGGAAGAAUCGGACGUGGAGUUCGCGUGGGGAGAGAUACAAGCUCAGACCAAAGGAAUAUAUCCGGCCGAAACCGCUGCCGAUGACAAUGUCUGCCGCAUCAUAGAGUCACCAGAUGCCGAAAUGGACAAGGGACACGUGGUCAUGUCGUUAACGCAAGGGUGAAAAAAACACGUUCUACUAUUACUACGUCAUCGGUCGUUAACCGUUUUUCCUAUUUUUAACCCUUAAAAACAAACAAUAUUUACAAAAGAUUGGUGAUGGACUAUAUUUAAGUCGGUUUACAUCUAAAAGCCAGAGAAAACAUGUAGAAAUUGUGUUUUCAAUUUUGAAAAGGAUAUAUAAUGAUUUUUUAAUUUAUUUACUACCUAGGAUAUAUUAGAAAUAAAAAUGUAAUGAUUUUAUUGUAAAUCGUAAAUCAAUUCAUUAUAUUUUUGGAAAUUUUUCAAUAAUAUACUUGAGGUAUUUUUUCUAUUACUUAUGAUGAAGAUAAUUGAAAAUAAUUCCAUCGUAUCCUAUUAAAGAACUCAAAAAAUUAUAAUACGUUUUCCAAAUUAAAAUCCUUCAAAAAUCAUUCCUACUGUUUUUGUCGGGUUUUUCAGUCUAAGGGUCUAAACGUCAAAACGAUCGUAUCCCUUUCCUUAAAACAGUAGAUUAGUGGAAAAGUCUUUUUCAAAUUUAAUAAUAUUGAAGACAAUUUUGGAGUUGAUCAUCACACCCCUUAAAUUAGAUUCUAUCGUGGUAACACCUUUAAUAUAAGGUAUAGAUUAGGUAUAUUUGCGGAAUCUUAAAUCAUCCUACAGAUUAUAUACUUAUCCUCUGAUUGUUAUUCCCAAUUGUUUGGUUUUUUAUUAUUAGUUAUAUUAAUAACGUCGAGACACGUGGUAAUUAAAAUAUGAUACCAUAAAUACAGCUACUAUGGUGAGGAUUUUUAUUUUACCGAUAGUUUGACCACAAAUCUGAUUAAAUUUGAUCGAUAAGUCGUUAUUUAAUUUUUUUAUUAAUAAGCAUAUUUUUGUUUUCUUAUCUUCGACUUUUGUAGCGAGUCAUUAUAAAUUGUUCACUAUUAACAUUGAUUUGUUCACUAAUAUUGAUAUGUUUGUCAUAUAAUACCCGUGUUGUACGAAUUUUAUUAUGUUAUGCUUGUAUUAUUAUUUUGUAUUUAUAACAGUAAACAGCGGAGUUAUUUAUUAUUAUUUUUGUGUACAUAUAAUAUAUUAAAUUCUUAAAAAUAAAUUUAUCGUAAUAAAUAAAUAUAGUUUGUAUUUUUUUAAAUGCCUCCUUGACAUUUUUGUUGUUAUUAUACUUCAUCUUAUACUUAAAU